AUUGUCUUGUUUCCAGUCUGACGCCUUGUUUUUGUCUCUGGACUCGUUCACAAACUAUAAAAAUGUCAACAAGAGUUAAACUGUGAGAAAGCAUCAACACCAACAAAUAAAACAUCCUGUCCUCUUAUUAUGAAAAUCUGCUCCCGGUCCUCCAUGCAGGUGUGUGUGCUGGGCUGCAGCUUCAUGCCUCCAUCUAGUGGACUGAUAGUAGAAGUCCAGCAGCUGAUGGCAGCUUCCUCUGCCUCACGCUGCUGUCUGACUGCAUUCAGCUGCCACUGAUAUGAAACAGAAACUAGCAGCCAAUCAGUGGAGGAGCAGCUGAUCUUUUUCCAGGAGAAAUGAUGGAAAGGAGGAUUUGAGUUGAUGUGCAGAUGAAUGAUUUGUGUUUCCUCUCCAGGUGAAAGUGGAUGUGAGUUGAGCAGCAUGAGUCAGUGUGAGGACAGAGAGGAGGGAGUCCCUCCCUCUAAAAGCACUCUGUGUGGGGAACAUGACAGCCAGACCAAAGCUCAGAGCCCAGAGCAGCAGCAGGGACCGGACUCUGCUGGACCUGGACCUGGACCUGAGCCCAGCUGUGUGUCCUUCAAGAGUGACCACUCAAAGGAUAUUAUUAUUGAAUUUAAAGGACAACCGUCUGCUGCAGAGAGAGUCCACCAGGAGAGCUCAGAAGUUCCCAGUGGUCAGUCUGCCCAGCAGCAUCAAACACACCUGGACUCCAUAUUUAUGCUGCUGGAGGAAAACAUUGUCACUUUUGUGAAGAACGAGCUGAAGAAGAUCCACAAGGUUCUGAGUUCAGAUUACCCAGAAUGCUUAGAGAGUCAGAGGGAGGAUGAGGAGAUGUUGGAGGGUGAGGAGGAAGAGCAGAGGAGGAGCAGCAGAGAGGCAUUUCUGAAGAUCACACUGCACUUCCUGAGGAGAAUGAAGCAGGAGGAGCUGGCUGAGCGUCUGCAGAGCGAACCUCCUUUUGCAGUCUGUCAGCGUAAACUUAAAGCUAACCUGAAGGAGAAGUUCCAGUGUGUGUUUGAGGGGAUUGCUAAAGCAGGAAACCCAACCCUUCUGAACCAGAUCUACACAGAGCUCUACAUCACAGAGGGAGGGACUGCAGAGGUCAAUGAUGAACAUGAGGUCAGACAGAUUGAAACAGCAUCCAGGAAACCAGCCAGACCAGAAACAACAAUCAGACAAGAAGACAUCUUUAAACCCUCACCUGGAAGAGAUGAACCAAUCAGAACAGUGAUGACAAAGGGAGUGGCUGGCAUUGGGAAAACAGUCUUAACACAGAAGUUCACUCUGGACUGGGCUGAAGGCAAAGCCAACCAGGACAUACAGUUCACAUUUCCAUUCACUUUCAGAGAGCUGAAUGUGCUGAAAGAGAAAAAGUACAGCUUGGUGGAACUUGUUCAUCACUUCUUUCCUGAAACCAAAGAAUCAGGAAUCUGCAGGUUUGAAGAGUUCCAGAUUGUGUUCAUCUUUGACGGUCUGGAUGAGUGUCGACUUCCUCUGGACUUCCACAACAAUGAGGUCCUGACUGAUGUCACAGAGUCCACCUCAGUGGAUGUGCUGCUGACAAACCUCAUCAGGGGGAACCUGCUUCCCUCUGCUCGCCUCUGGAUAACCACACGACCUGCAGCAGCCAAUCAGAUCCCUCCUGAGUGUGUUGACAUGGUGACAGAGGUUAGAGGGUUCACUGACCCACAGAAGAAGGAGUACUUCAGGAAGAGAUCCAGAGAUAAGAAGCAGGCUAGCAGCAUAAUCUCCCACAUCAAGACAUCACGAAGCCUCCACAUCAUGUGCCACAUCCCAGUCUUCUGCUGGAUCACUGCUACAGUUCUGGAGGAGGUGUUGAGGACCACAGAGGGAGGAGAGCUGCCCAAGACCCUGACUGAGAUGUACAUCCACUUCCUGGUGGUUCAGUCCAAACUGAAGAACACCAAGUAUGAUGGAGGAUCUGAGACAGAUCCACACUGGAGUCCAGAGAGCAGGAAGAUGAUUGAGUCUCUGGGAAAACUGGCUUUUGAGCAGCUGCAGAAAGGCAACCUGAUCUUCUAUGAAUCAGACCUGACAGAGUGUGGCAUCGAUAUCAGAGCAGCCUCAGUGUACUCAGGAGUGUUCACACAGAUCUUUAAAGAGGAGAGAGGGUUGUACCAGGACAAGGUGUUCUGCUUCGUCCAUCUGAGCGUUCAGGAGUUUCUGGCUGCUCUUCAUGUCCAUCUGACCUUCAUCAACUCUGGUGUCGAUCUGCUGGCAGAAGAACAAUCAACCUCCCGGAAGUCUGAAACAAGUAAAGAUGAAUCUGCUGUGACACAGUUCUACCAGAGUGCUGUGGACAAGGCCUUACAGAGUCCAAAUGGACACCUAGACUUGUUCCUCCGGUUCCUCCUGGGACUUUCACUGCAGACCAAUCAGACUCUCUUACUAGGCCUGCUGACAGAGACAGAAAGUGGCUCACAAACCAAUCAGGUGACGGUCGAGUACAUGAAAAAGAAGAUCGAAGAGACUCCCUCUGUGGAGAAAAGCAUCAAUCUGUUCCACUGUCUGAAUGAACUGAAGGAUCGUUCUCUAGUGGAUCAGAUCCAACAGUCCCUGAAUUCAGGAAAACUCUCCACAGAUAAACUCUCUCCUGCUCAGUGGUCAGCUCUGGUCUUCAUUUUACUGUCAUCAGAAAAAGUCCUGGAUGUGUUUGACCUGAAAAAAUACUCUGCUUCAGAGAAGGCUCUUCUGAGGCUGCUGCCAGUGGUCAAAGCCUCCAAGAAAGCUCUGCUGAGUGGCUGUAACCUCUCAGAGAGAAGCUGUGAAUCUCUGUCCUCAGUUCUCACCUCCCAGUCCUCUAGUCUGAGAGAGCUGGACCUGAGUAACAACAACCUGCAGGACUCAGGAGUGAAGCUGCUGUCUGCUGGACUGAAGAGUCCACACUGUACACUGAAAAUGCUCAGGCUAUCAGGCUGUCUGAUAACAGAGGAAGGCUGUGUUUCUCUGGCCUCAGCUCUGUGCUCCAACCCCUCCCAUCUGAGAAAGCUGGACCUGAGCUACAAUCAUCCAGGAGACUCAGGAGUAAAGCUGCUGUCUGCUGGACUGGAGGAUCCACACUGGAGAUUGGAGACUCUGAGGGUGGAGCCUGCUGGAGUCCGAUGGUUGAGACCAGGUCUGAGGAAGUAUUCCUGUGAACUCACACUCGACACAAACACAGUAAACAGUGAGAUCAUACUGUCUGACAACAACAGGAAGGCGACACGUGUGAAGGAGGUUCAGUCAUAUCCUGAUCAUCCAGACAGGUUUGACUACUGGCCUCAACUGCUGUGUAGAGAUGGUCUGACUGGUCGCUGUUACUGGGAGGUCGAGUGGACAGGAAGAGUUUAUAUAUCAGUGAGUUACAGAGGAAUCAGAAGGAGUAGUGACAGAGAAGACUGCAGGUUUGGACAGAAUGAUCAGUCCUGGAGUCUGAGGUGUUCUGAUGAUGGUGGUUACUAUAUCUGGCACAAUAAGAUAGGAACUUCCCUCUCCCCCUCCUCCUAUAUCUCUGAAAAAGUAGCACUGUAUGUGGACUGUCCUGCUGGCUCUCUGUCCUUCUACAGAGUCUCCUCUGACACACUGAUCCACCUCCACACCUUCAACACCACAUUCACUGAACCUCUUUAUCCUGGCUUUGGGCUCUGGUCUGGUUCAGGUACCUCCUCAGUGUCUCUGUAGGAGGGAGAGUCUCCUCCUGGUAGAGAACAGAUCAGUUGAGUCUGUACAGGAUCACAGAAAUCUUUCAGCUUCUUGUAAUAAAUUCAUCAAUGAACUUUGUACAAAGUGAUUCAAAGUGAUUAAACAGAUUCCUCAUUUCCAUUGUAAA